AGAGAGAGAUCCGAUAAACAGAGUUUUAUCCUCCGUAACCGUAAUCUUACUGGAAUCGGAUCUCUCCACGUUGGUGGAUUUUUUUCCUCCGGCGUGCUUAAUACGGCGGCCAGGAUCGUUUUACGCUUUCUUCUUCUUCUUCUCCUCCAGAGCCAUCGCUGAUCCCUGAAGGUUCAGCUAUGGAGGGAGCCAAUACCCCGUUUGCGGGAAUUGUUAAUGAUUUCAAUGGAAGAAGAAAGUGUUACAAACAAGACUGGCUUGCUGCCUUCAACUCUGGUGUUAGGAUACUGGCACCAACUCUGUACAUUUUCAUUGCCUCUGCACUCCCUGUGAUUGCGUUCGGCGAGCAGUUAAGCAGAGAGACAGAUCGAAGUCUUGGCAUAGCGGAAUCAUUAGCUUCCACUGCUAUUUGUGGAAUUAUCCAUUCUAUUUUUGGUGGACAACCUCUGUUGAUUGUAGGCGUUGCAGAACCCACUAUUAUAAUGUAUACUUACCUUCACAGCUUCAGCAAAGGCAGGCCUGAACUGGGUCAGAAACUCUACUUAGCCUGGGCAGGAUGGGUCUGUGUCUGGACAGCAGUUUUGCUCAUCCUUCUUGCAACGUUAAACGCAGCCAACAUCAUUUCUAGAUUUACCAGAAUUGCAGGAGAGCUCUUUGGAAUGCUGAUUACCGUUCUGUUUUUCCAAGAGGCUGUUAAGGGACUUCUGGGCGAGUUUCUUGUCCCAAAAUCUGAAGAUCCAAGUUUGGAAGCGUAUCAGUCCCACUGGCGGUAUACCAAUGGGCUCCUUGCAGUCAUCUUCUCAUUCGGUCUUCUUUACACCGCUCUUAAAAGCAGAAGAGCACGUUCAUGGAGAUAUGGCUUUAGGUGGAUGCGAGGCUUUAUAGGUGAUUAUGGAACUCUCCUCAUGCUUGUGUUGUGGAGCGCACUCUCAUUCACAGUCCCCAGAGAUAUUCCUGAAGGAGUUCCAAGGAGGCUGGAGUUACCUCUUCCUUGGGAUUCAGAGUCCUUGUAUCACUGGACAGUAGUCAAGGAUAUGGGAAACGUCCCUCCUCUUUACAUCCUUGCUGCAUUUAUACCAGCUAUCAUGAUAGCUGGUCUAUACUUCUUUGAUCACUGUGUAUCUGCGCAAAUGGCUCAGCAGAAGGAGUUCAAUUUGAAAAAUCCGUCGGCUUAUCACUAUGACAUCUUUAUUUUAGGAAUCAUGACAUUAAUCUGUGGCUUACUUGGACUUCCUCCUUCGAACGGUGUCAUUCCACAGUCCCCUAUGCACACAAAGAGUCUUGCAGUUCUUAAAAGGCAGCAAAUGCGAAAGAAAAUGGUCCAGAAAGCCAAAGAAUGCAUGAAGGCAAAAGCAAGCAACUCAGAGAUCUACGGUAAGAUGCAAGAUGUGUUUAUAGAAAUGGAAACAUCACCAAAGAUACCUGUGCAGGCUACUUCAGUGGUGAAAGAGCUAGAAAACUUGAAAGAAGCAGUGAUGAAAGCUGACGGUGGAGGAGGAGGAGACACAAAGGGAAAGAAGUUCGAUCCAGAAGUACUGAUAGAAGACCAUUUGCCUGUCAGAGUAAAUGAGCAACGAGUGAGCAAUCUCUUGCAAUCAAUCCUUGUUGGAUUGUUGAUAUUCGUGGUACCGCUUCUCAGAAUGAUACCAACUUCAGUUCUGUGGGGUUACUUCACUUACAUGGCUGUUGAUAGUCUUCCCGGGAAUCAGUUCUGGGAAAGGCUUCUGCUACUAUUCAUCACUCCUGGUCGUCGAUUCAAAGUUCUUGAAGGCUUACAUGCAUCAUUUAUGGAGAUAGUACCGUACAAGUCGAUUGUUAUGUUUACACUCUUCCAGCUUCUGUAUUUUCUGAUAUGCUAUGGAGUGACAUGGAUACCAGUAGGAGGGAUUCUGUUCCCAUUGCCAUUCUUCUUCCUCAUUGCUUUAAGACAGUACAUCCUCCCCAAGAUAUUUGAUCCGUCUCAUCUCCAAGUUUUGGAUUCUUCAGAGUAUGAAGAGAUGGUUGGUGCAACACACUCCAGCUUCGGUAUCAAUGGGGAACCGCAUAACCUUCCUAUGAGUUCUGUUGAGAUCAGUGAAGACGACUUUUACGAUGCAGAGAUUCUUGAUGAGAUUACUACUAGCAGGGGUGAACUUAAGCAUAGAACCUUAAGUGCCAGGGAGGGAACAUCCCACAUGGUGUAUCCGGAAAACAGUGGACAUUCCUAAGUCUUUGUAUAAAGGAACAAAUGUUUUUGAAGAAUGCUGCUUCAGAGAAACCGCAGAUUAAAAGCAAGAAGACGUUAGAGGCAAUAGAAGAAGUCAGCAGAAGAUGGGUGGAAAAGAGAGAUAGAGGAUACAACUACUACAAACAAAACUUCCUUGAUUGUUUCUUCUCUGAAACGUUAUUUUUGGUUUCUUCACUUUUGUUACAUAUCUUUUGCUCUCUCCAAUUGUUUUUACAACUCUAACAAAAAAAAGAAAAAGAAAUACAGAUCACAAGACAACU